ACCACGCUUGUGGGAAGACGGCAGGCUGGUUGGGUGUUUCAGCGCACCACUGCUCCUUGCGGGAAUGGAAUACUACACAGUGCGUUCCUGAGCGAGUCGUGGCUUCACUUGCCCCACAACUUGGAGUAGCAUAAUGUUCACCACGUCGAGUACGGGACUCGUAUUUGACUACAGAGAAAAUGGAGUUGAAGUUAGGAAUGGCACCAAGGAACCUUUAACUACCUUUACGGAUGAACCCUCAAGAAAUGAUUCAUGUGGGGACCAGAUGUUUGACAUGAGCACAUUGGAGUCAGUUAUCAUUGGAAUUACCUUGUCUAUCAUCACUGCGGUAACUGUCAUAGGGAACACAUUGGUAGUUAUAGCGGUAUGUGUGGUCAAAAAACUUCGUCAGCCCUCCAACUAUCUGCUUGUGUCUCUGGCGGUUGCAGACCUUUCAGUAGCGCUGGUCGUAAUGCCCUUUGUUAUUGUAACCGACCUGACCGGAGGUACUUGGCUGUUUGGAGAGGUUUUCUGCAACAUCUUCAUUAGCAUGGAUGUAAUGUGUUGCACAGCAUCAAUAAUGACAUUAUGUGUCAUCAGUGUUGACAGGUACCUGGGCAUCACCCGGCCUUUGACCUACCCUGCGAGGCAGAACGGGCAGCUGAUGGCCAAGAUGAUCGUGGGCGUGUGGCUGGCGUCGGCCUCCAUCACGCUGCCCCCGUUCUGCGGCUGGGCCCAGAACAUCAACACGGCGGGCGUGUGUCUGAUCAGCCAGGACGUGGGCUACACGCUCUACUCCACUGCCGUGGCCUUCUACAUCCCCAUGGUCGUCAUGCUCAUCAUGUACUACAAGAUCUUCCGGGCCGCCCGUAAGAGCGGCGCCAAGCAUCGCUUCACCACCCUGGCGCCCUGCCCCUGGCGGGACCCCCCAGCGGACGCCGUCGCUGUGACGACCUGCGAGGGAUUUGGCCCGCAGGGUGUGCGCCUGGCCCCAGCGCCGGUCAGGCCGCCGGGAGAGGAGUGGUCGAUGCUGGCGCGACUGCUGCAUCACGAGCGGCGCAGCGCCUCGGUGUUCCGGAGCGAGCAGAAGGCGGCCACCACGCUGGGGGUGAUCGUGGGCGUCUUCUCCGUGUGCUGGCUGCCCUUCUUCGUGUUCACCACGGCGCGGCCGUUCGCCUGCGGCGCACUGUGCAGCUGCGGCCCCGCCUGGCUGGAGCGCACGCUCCUCUGGCUCGGCUACGCCAACUCGCUCAUGAACCCCUUCAUCUACGCCUUCUUCAACCGCGACCUGCGCUCCACCUACCGCGACCUGCUCCGCUGCCGCUACCGCAACAUCAACCGCCGCCUCUCCGCCAUGGGCGUGCACGAGGCCCUGAAAGUGUGAGACGACCAGGGCGCGCCAGACAAUGCCAGCCACUGGGUGCGUGGGACACAUGUGGUUCUGCCCAGCCAUCUGUCUGUGUGAUAGUAGCUGGUAUUGGCUGUGCACACUUGUUGUCUGGGAUCAAAGAUUUAACAGUGGUUGCUGUAGCUCCCUGUGCGAGUGCUUGGCGUGUAUCUCACUACACUGUUGUGGCCCAAGAAUUCCCAUUCCUGAAUGGUGGCCACAGCAGAGGAAAAGUCCCCUUAAUCUCACUCUGGCUCCGUGUCUCCUUCUCGCGCCUCAUGCGUGCACUGCUGUCUCAAAAGAACACAGAAGAAGAAAAAGUCUUAUUUUCAAACAUGAAUAUUUAUACUUUGAAAUUCGCUUUGAUGAACAUCCAAAGCUAAAGAGUGCAUUUCUCUGUUGAGCUGGAAAGCUGAAAAUGAGGACACAGUUUCUUUUAGGAUGCACAAUGUUACAUGAUAAACAGGUUAGAAGGCAAAAUAUAUUUAAACCUGGUUCUGUUCUGUAAACAUACAUACAGACAUCUGUUUCACGUUUAGUUAUAGUAAAGUGUAAAGUGUAUAGUAAAGUGAAAAUGGCAAAAAAGUUGGGAGCAGCCUGAUUCUGUAUUAUGGUGUAAAAAUUUCAUUUUGAGUGUAAUUGGUGCUGUUGGAGUCUGGAGUUUUAGCUUGUAAAUAUUCAGUGUAUUUGCAUGAAUGUUUUAUACAGGCUGGCAAAAUUACCCCAUGCUGUAAAAAAAACAGUUAUUUGCUGUAAAUUACUGUAAAUUAAUUACAUCCUGAUAGCUCUCAUGCUCUGUGAAUGCACUUAUCCAGGAUUCUACUGGCCAUUAUAAUCACAGCUAAUGAUAUCAACAGUGGGUGUCUAUGCUAACCGUUGGUGAAAUUCCAAAGAGAGGGAAGUCUAUCCCUAAUGAUUUCACAUGUGAAUAGAACAUCAAAGGUAGGAGGUUGACUCCCAUGGUAGUCAAACCUAGCAGAACUUAUACUUAUGUAUAAUUGCUUUAAAGUCAGACUUUUUAAAUAAUUGCUAUGAUGUAAUGUCAAGGGAAUCUGAAUUUCUCUCACACUUCAGCUAUCACCCACUUCAGCAACAGUGGGUUGCAAUAUCAAUGUUAUAUUGCAACUUUGCAAUGAGUGAUAUUGUUUCAACAGGGUAUAAAAACAGAGCAUCCUAUUCCAUUGGUAUUUUUUGUGACAAUGCUAUCUUGUUCUUAAAGUCGAGACACAUCUGGUUGGAUCCAAAUAGAUGAAACAGUGAUACGAAUGCUAUUGCCUACCCUGUGAGGUUUGUAUUUGACAAAAUUGAAGUCAUCAAUCCCUAUUUAUCUCCUGCCUAUUUCUGUCCUGAUGUCCUGUGCUGAGCGUCUCUCUUCUUGCUUCUAAUAGAUUCCUGGAUUAGAUAGGAGGUGAUAUAUAUCAGGCUAUCUAACAGGCACAUUGUGUUGUAAAUCUGUA